AUGGGUAUUCCCGAGUCUUUUAAGACAAGAGCUUCAGAGCUCGACUUGCUGCUUGAAAAUAAAGGGGAAGAUGUCAUCAAUUACGACACCGUGAACAAGAGUCUCACCUUAUCAGUUGGAGAAAUCAAAACUCCUGAUGAAGAGCCCACAACCCGUGGUUUUAGCUGGAAGACAUUGUGGGCUUAUGCCGGUCCAGGAUGGCUCAUGAGCAUCGCCUAUGUGGACCCGGGCAAUCUUGAGAGUGACCUCCAAGCUGGAGCUUAUGCUGGAUAUCAACUCAUUUGGGUUCUUUUUGGAGCCACGGCAAUGGGCUUUUUUCUUCAAAUUCUAGCGGCACGAUUGGGUGUUGUUACUGGUAAAAACUUGGCUGAAAUGUGCACGGCAGUCUAUCCACGAUGGGUGUCAUUGACAUUGUGGAUCAUGACAGAGAUCGCAAUUGUUGGGAGUGACGUCCAAGAAGUUUUAGGCUCGUCCAUUGCAUUUCAAGUACUUUUUGGAUUUCCUCUCUGGAUUGGAUGUCUCAUUACGGGAUUCGACACACUUACUUUCUUGUUGCUUCAUCGCUACGGGAUCCGGAAGCUUGAAGCAUUCUUUGUCACAUUGAUCGGGGUGAUGCUAGUCUGCUUCUGUGCCAAUCUCGUCCGUGGAGAAGUAGCAGUAUCGGAUGUUAUCGGUGGCUUUCUACCACGUGUUGAUCGAUACGCGGUGACGCAAGCAGUGGGCAUUCUUGGAGCUGUGAUCAUGCCACACAAUAUUUUCUUGCACUCGGCACUUGUGCAGAGCAGACAAGUGAAUCGAUGGGAUGGGCGCAAAGUACGCGAAGCGAACAAGUACUUUGCAAUUGAGUCGUGUCUAGCUUUGUUCGUGUCGUUCUUGAUCAAUUUGGCAGUGCUAGCAGUUUUCGCAAAGGGUUUCUUCUCGCCACAAUGCACAGCAUCUUAUGAUACGAGCAGAGUCAAUACAGCUUGUGUUCCUGGGGCUAUUGCUAAUGGUGACACGUAUGGUUACUGCCAGCUUGCUAGCGGUGGCGAAGGCAUGUGCCAGGAAAUUGGUCUAUCCCAGGCAGGUGUGGCACUUAGUGGCAUGUUGGGACAGUACGCCGACGUCAUUUGGGCAAUUGGUUUAUUGGCUGCAGGACAGAGCUCUACUAUGACAGGAACUUAUGCGGGUCAAUUCGUCAUGGAAGGAUUCCUCCAACUUCACCUUUCGCCAUGGAAGCGGGUAGCACUUACACGAUGUGUGUCGCUUGUUCCUGCAAUGACUGUAGCGAUCCUAAGCCAACAAAAUCCUGCAGAUAGUGACCACAUGGACGAGUUGCUCAACGUGCUGCAGUCCAUCCAGCUCCCAUUUGCUCUCCUCCCUGUGCUGAUAUUUACAAGCUCACGUGCCAUCAUGGGAGACUUUGCGAAUAGUAAAGCAACGGUGGUACUUGGCUGGCUAUCGGGAGGCCUCGUGUGCGUCAUUAACCUCUACUUGAUCUUCACAAACCUCGAAAAUCUAGCUUUUGGUGCUGUCGGACUCAUUGCAUUGGGAGGCACGGGUUGCUUGUACUUUGGUUUCCUAGGAUAUUUGGCGUUUGCCAAUAUGAAUCAAUCCGUUCAACGCACAAACACAGCGUCCGAUUGUCGACGUAUAUCAUCAUAA